GUCCGUGACCGUGCCCGUGCCAUGGCCGCCACCAAGGCACCGGCAGCGGCGGCAGCGCUGGCAGCAGCCCGGGAGCACGGGCUGGCCGUGAGCAGAGACUACAGCAGCAACCCCCGGCUGACCUACAGGACGGUGUGUGGGGUCAAUGGGCCACUCGUGGUGCUGGACAACGUGAAGUUCGCCCAGUACGCCGAGAUCGUGAACUUCACGCUGCCCAACGGCAGCACCCGCAGCGGGCAGGUGCUGGAGGUGAUGGGCUCCAAAGCCAUCGUCCAGGUGUUUGAGGGAACAUCUGGGAUCGACGCCAAGCAAACCUCCUGCGAGUUCACGGGGGACAUCCUGCGCACCCCCGUGUCCGAGGACAUGCUGGGUCGGGUGUUCAACGGCUCGGCCAAACCCAUCGACAGCGGCCCCCCGGUGAUGGCCGAGGACUUCCUGGACAUCAACGGCCAGCCCAUCAACCCCCACGGGCGCAUCUACCCCGAGGAGAUGAUCCAGACCGGGAUCUCGCCCAUCGACGUCAUGAACAGCAUCGCCCGCGGGCAGAAGAUCCCCAUCUUCUCCGCUGCCGGGCUGCCCCACAACGAGAUCGCGGCACAGAUCUGCCGCCAGGCGGGGCUGGUGAAGAAGUCCAAGGACGUGGUGGAUUACCACGAGGACAACUUCGCCAUCGUCUUCGCCGCCAUGGGGGUGAACAUGGAGACCGCCCGCUUCUUCAAGUCGGACUUUGAGGAGAACGGCUCCAUGGAGAACGUGUGCCUGUUCCUCAACCUGGCCAACGACCCCACGAUCGAGAGGAUCAUCACCCCCCGGCUGGCGCUCACCACGGCCGAGUUCCUGGCCUACCAGUGCGAGAAGCACGUGCUGGUGAUCCUGACCGACAUGAGCUCCUACGCCGAGGCCCUGCGGGAGAUACAAAAAGGGCACCCCCUGCACAAAAGUGUCGGGCCGGCCCGGGAGUAUGAGUGGUCCCGAGGGGGCCGAGGCGGGGGCUGUGCCGGGGGAGCCCGGGUGGCGAAGGCAGAGGAAGGUAGGAUACAGAGAAGGGCGGGUGGACACGGAGAAAAGAAGGAAGAGGUGGAAGAGUAUGCGCGAGGAGAGAGGAAAGACAGUCUACAAGACAGAGCCCGUGGCAGGAGGAUAAACGGGAGCGAGCGGGCGGGGCGGGUGGAGGGCAGGAACGGCUCCAUCACCCAGAUCCCCAUCCUCACCAUGCCCAACGACGACAUCACCCACCCCAUCCCCGACCUGACGGGGUUCAUCACCGAGGGGCAGAUCUACGUGGACCGGCAGCUCCACAACCGGCAGAUCUACCCCCCCAUCAACGUCCUGCCGUCCCUGUCCCGGCUGAUGAAAUCGGCCAUCGGGGAGGGAAUGACCAGGAAGGACCACGGGGACGUCUCCAACCAGCUGUACGCCUGCUACGCCAUCGGGAAGGACGUGCAGGCCAUGAAGGCGGUGGUGGGGGAGGAGGCUCUGUCUGCCGACGACCUGCUGUACCUGGAGUUCCUGCACAAGUUCGAGAAGCAGUUCAUCUCCCAGGGCCCCUACGAGAACCGGAGCAUCUUCGAGUCCCUGGACCUGGGCUGGCAGCUCCUGCGCAUCUUCCCCAAGCAGCUGCUGAAGCGGAUCCCGGAGAGCAUCCUGGCCGAGUUCUACCCCCGCGAGGCCAAGGCGCCCGAGCAGGGCCCGGCGGGCACGGCCCUGUGACCCCCCGGAUC